AUGUUUGGGAGGGCACCGAAGAAGAGUGAUAACACACGGUACUACGAAAUCCUCGGCGUGUCCAAGAAUGCUUCGCAGGACGAUUUGAAGAAGGCAUACAAGAAAGCAGCUAUAAAAAAUCACCCCGACAAGGGCGGUGAUCCCGAGAAGUUUAAAGAGUUGGCGCAAGCUUAUGAGGUUCUGAGUGACCCUGAGAAGCGUGAUAUAUAUGAUCAGUAUGGUGAAGAUGCGCUCAAGGAAGGAAUGGGCGGUGGCGGUGGCCACGACCCGUUCGAUAUCUUCUCAUCGUUCUUUGGCGGUGGGAGUCCGUUUGGAUCAGGUGGUAGUAGCCGCGGUAGGAGACAGAGACGCGGAGAAGAUGUGGUUCACCCUCUCAAGGUUUCUCUGGAGGACCUUUACCUGGGGACUUCAAAGAAGCUCUCCCUCUCCAGAAAUGUCAUAUGCUCCAAGUGCAGUGGCAAGGGUUCUAAGUCUGGGGCUUCUAUGAAGUGUGCUGGUUGUCAAGGAACUGGUAUGAAGGUGUCUAUAAGACACCUUGGUCCAUCCAUGAUUCAACAGAUGCAGCAUGCUUGCAAUGAAUGUAAGGGUACUGGAGAAACUAUCAAUGACAGAGAUCGCUGCCCACAGUGCAAGGGAGAGAAGGUUGUGCAGGAGAAGAAAGUUCUUGAAGUUCAUGUGGAGAAGGGAAUGCAGAAUGGGCAGAAAAUUACAUUCCCUGGUGAAGCUGAUGAAGCGCCUGAUACAAUUACCGGCGACAUUGUCUUUGUCCUUCAGCAGAAGGAACAUCCCAAAUUCAAAAGAAAGGCUGAAGACCUUUUUGUAGAGCACACCUUGUCCCUUACCGAGGCUUUGUGUGGUUUCCAAUUUGUCUUGACUCACUUGGAUGGCCGUCAGCUUCUUAUUAAAUCAAAUCCCGGGGAAGUUGUCAAACCUGAUUCAUACAAGGCUAUUAAUGAUGAGGGAAUGCCCAUGUAUCAGAGGCCAUUCAUGAAGGGGAAGCUUUAUCUCCACUUCACUGUGGAAUUCCCAGAUUUUCUAAAUCCGGAUCAGGUUAAGGCUUUGGAGGCUGUUCUGCCCCCGAAGGUGCCUUCACAGUUGACUGACAUGGAGCUGGAUGAGUGUGAGGAGACCACACUUCAUGAUGUCAAUAUGGAGGAGGAGUCGAGGAGGAGGCAGCAACAAGCUCAGGAGGCGUAUGAGGAGGAUGAUGAUAUGCCCGGUGGUGCACAGAGGGUACAGUGUGCCCAGCAGUAA